UUGCACAGGGCCAAGAUGUGGCUGUUCAUUCUGGUGACAUAUCUGACACAAGCAACUGCAGAUUCAGAACUCAUAAGAAGAGGACAUGGGAAUCCUGAGGCAUUUAUGAAUAUUAGUGAGAAGAUCCUGUACAGAGGAUACCCAAGUGAGGAGUAUGAAGUCCUGACAGCUGAUGGCUAUUACCUUAGCAUGAACAGAAUUCCUCAUGGCAAAGGAAAUCCUAGGGACACAGGCCCAAAGCUGGCUGUGUUACUGCUGCAUGGCCUUCUUUUAGACGGUAGCAACUGGAUUACCAAUUUGCCCAAUAACAGCCUGGGAUUCAUACUAGCAGAUGCAGGCUAUGAUGUUUGGAUAGGAAACAGCAGAGGGAACACCUGGUCUAGAAAACACCAGAAUCUUUCAAUUGACCAAGAGGAAUUUUGGGAUUUCAGUUUUCAUGAAAUGGCUAUGUAUGACCUUCCAGCAUUGAUAGACUUCAUUCUGCAGAAAACUGGACAACAGAACCUGUAUUACAUUGGGUAUUCUCAGGGCUGUACCAUAGGUUUCAUUGCAUUUUCAUCCAUGCCAGAGCUGGCUCAAAAAAUCAAAAUGCUUUUUGCAUUGGCUUCUAUAACUACACUUAAGCAUUCCAAAAGCCCACUGGUAAAACUGUUCUUCAUACCUGAAGGAAUAAAUAAUACUAUACUUGGCAAGAAAGAGUUGUCUGUGAAGGGAGAGAUUCUGAGCAAAUUUACUGUUCAGGUGUGCCGCUACAGAGUAUUGCAGAAGCUUUGUUCCUUGGUCUUUUCUGUCAUCAGGGGUUUUAAUGAAAAGAACCUAAAUACAGUAUGCAUUUAG